CUCAUUCAUCAAUGGCACCACCCGUGGUCUCGUUGGAUGCGCGCUGGGCUCAGCUCCAAGACCUCCUACCACCCGAGAUCCAGGGUCCUCUAGGCGCCUUUGUCGACGACGUCACCUCGGCGCUGCGUGAGCUGCAGUGUGAGAGACCCAAGGCGCCGACCAAGAUCGUCACGCUCAACGUCGGUGGCACGCGCUUUGCGACUUCACGGGAGAACCUGUUGCGGUUCGAGGACAGCUACUUCCAUACGAUGCUCCAAUGGCCGCCCAACGACGACGGCGAGUAUUUUCUCGAUGUCGAGCCCAGUUUGUUUGUGGCCAUCAUGACGUACCUUCGGACGGGGAAGCUCUCGGUCAAGAGCAUUCCAGAGGACGCACGAGCCGACUUUCGCGACCUCUUGGACUACUUUCAGCUCAACGAGCCAGUAGCGUCGGCGUGGGAUCCCCACCAUUGCCACGUAUCCGCCGUAUUGAGCCAGAGCGCCACCGUCGUCGCCAAGCUCCGUGGCAACCUGACGUGGAGCGGCGUCGUGGCGACAACGCCCUCGAGUCGCUUUUGCGUUGCGGUCAAUGCCGUCUCGUUCUUUGAGGUGGGCUACAGCACGCGCGACGCUAUCCACGAAACGGGCACAGACGCCCACGGAUAUGUCCUCCAUGUUGACGUGCGCGCUAGCUUCAAGAUCAACAUGGUGCAUCUGGCCCUCAAGGCGUUUCCAAGAGAUGCCGCCCAUCCACUGCCUGUCGUGCACUGUUCGACGCUGACGACCACCGCCCAAGAUGUGGUCAUCGCCGUCACACGCGACAUGGACGCGCGGUGCCUCUUCUUUGACGUCGACGGCGUGCGCGUCGACGAGCACUUUUCCGACGUGGCCGAGACGACCGAGCUUGUGCCGUUUGUGCGGCUCUGGUAUGCCAAACAGCGCAUCGAGCUCGUGCCGUUUUCGUAACCUUUUUCGAUUGAACAAGCAUAUCAUGUACGACCUC